UCCUCUGUUUCCUGCGCUCCCUGGGAGGAGACCACAUCCUAAGUCCCCUCAGACUCAUCUUGCCACCAUUGCCAGAGGAAAGAGGCUGCGGCCUCAGGGCAGGUUCACCAUCCAAAGUUUCCAUUGGCACACCAUCCAGAGUGGCCAUUGGCAGACCAUCCAGAGUUUCCGUCGGCACACCAUCUAGAGUGUCCGUCGGCAGACCAUCCAGAGUUUCCAUCGGCACACCAUCCAGAGUGUCCAUCGGCACACCAUCCAGAGUGUCCGUCGGCAGACCAUCCAGAGUUUUCGUCGGCACACCAUCCAGAGCGUCAGUCGGCACACCAUCCAGAGCGUCACUCAGCACACCAUCCAGAGCGUCAGUCAGCACACCAUCCAGAGUGUCCGUCGGCACACCGUCCAGAGCGUAUAUCGGCAGACCGUCCAGAGUUUCAGUUGGCACACCAUCCAGAGUGUCCGUCGGCAGACCAUCCAGAGCAUCAGUCGGCACACCAUCCAGAGCGUCAGUCGGCACACCAUCCAGAGCGUCAGUCGGCACACCAUCCAGAGCGUCACUUGGCACACCAUCCAGAGCGUCAGUCAGCACACCAUCCAGAGUUUCCGUCGGCACACCAUCCAGAGCUUCAGUCGGCACACCAUCCAGAGCUUCAGUCAGCACACCGUCCAGAGUUUCGGUCGGCGCACCAUCCAGAGUUUUGUUCGGCACACCGUCCAGAAUUUCGGUCAGAAUACCGUCCAGAGUGUCGGUCAGCACACCGUCCAGAGUGACGGUCGGCACACAGUCCAGAGUUUCCAUAGGCAGACCGUCCAGAGUUUCCGUCGGCACACCGUCCAGAGUUUCCGUCGGCACACCGUCCAGAGUUUCCGUCGGCACACCGUCCAGAGUAUACAUUGGCAGACCGUCCAGAGUUUCAGUCGGCACACCGUCCAGAGCUUCAGUCAGCACACCGUCCAGAGCGUCGGUCGGCACACCGUCCAGAGUGUCAGUCGGCACACCAUCCAGAGCGUCGGUCGGCACAUCAUCCAGAGCUUCGGUCAGCACACCAUCCAGAGCGUCGGUCGGCACAUCGUCCAGAGCUUCAGCCAGCACACCGUCUAGAGCGUCAUUCGGCACACCGUCCAGAGCGUCGGUCGACACACC